CCGGCCGCGGGGCCGCCGGGAGCCCGGAACCGCCAUGGCCGGCAGCGGCAGCGGGCCCGCGCUGGAAACCAUCCAGGCGGACGGGACAGACGGGAACUGUGUCACGUUUGUGCUGCACGACGAGGAUCACACCCUGGGCAACUCCCUGCGCUACAUGGUCAUGAAGAACCCUGAUGUGGAGUUCUGUGGCUACUGCAUCACACACCCCUCAGAAAGCAAGAUCAACUUCAGGAUCCAGACCAGAGGGGCCCUUCCUGCUGUGGAGCCAUUCCGGAAAGGGCUGAAUGACCUGAUGGGGGUUUGCCAACAUGUGCUCAACACCUUUGAGAGGAGCAUGAAGGAGUUCAGGGCACAGAAGGAGGAGGAGAUGCAGUAGCCUUUGGGAAUGGCAUGGAUGUGUAACCUCUGUAUGUUGAAUUCCCUGUGUCCAAACGAGGGUUUUUUGUUGUUUUUUUAUUACUUUGCUGCAAAAUGUAUUUUCUUUAAUAAUAAAGUUUAUUCAUUUA